UUAAAUUAAAUUUCAGAAAAAAAAUAAAAAUAAAAGAGAGAGUGCCACCAAGAAAUACAAAAACAGAACAGAAGAGAAGGGAACGAAGCAUUCAAUAUCACAACAAACGGCUUUUGUUCCCACCGGAACCCUAACUGAUCUCCGCUUUCCUCCACCGGGAAUGGCUACUACACCGCCGUCCGAGAACUUUUCUCCGGUAUCGGAAACGGUUUCGCCUGUUUAUCGGAUGGUAAACAAUUAACUAUUAAGCAUUCUGUUGAGGCGAUCGUAACUAACCGUCCGUCAGUCACGGAGAGGUUGUUAGGGCGGUUAUGGCGAAGGGAGGACAAUGCUUGUUCGAGAAGCUUUGGAGGUGUGUUCGGACGGUUUUCUUUGUGAUUGUAUUGGUGGUUUCGCUGCUUGUUACGUCGCUUCCGGUGGUUGUUGCGGUGGUCGAUGUUCUUGUUCCGUGCGUUUUGAUCUCGAAUUUUACUUGUGUUAAAUGCUACGGUUUGAUUGAGCAUUUUCGCCGGUACUCUUUCAAGAGUUCAUUGACCGAUAUUCCUCUUGUUUCACUCAUCCGAUCCUUCAUCAUUAUAUGUGUUUAUUCUAUUUGUGAUGGACCUGCUCUUUCACACGGUCCUUACCUUGGAACUGUGACUCUGUGUUCUUUUUCAUCAAUUGUUCUCCUUUCAGUCAAAGCUUGUGUUUUCACUGUAAAUUCCCAGAUUGAAGCUGAAGCUUCAGUAGCUUCUUUAAAAAGGCAGAGACUCCAUUUGAAGAAGUCAUGGGGAAUGCCUGUCUUGUUUCUUUCGUCUGUCGUGUUUGCGCUUGGCCAUAUUGUCGUUGCUUAUAGAACCAGCUGUAGAGCACGGAGAAAGCUCUUGUUUCAUCGCGUUGACCCUGAAUCUGCCCUAUCAUGCAAAAGUGCUUUUUGCGGCUAUCCAAAGGUACCACGUUCUCCUACCCCUUCUGGGGGCAGAACUCCUAAAAGUGACAGUGAAAUGAGGCGGAGACCUUUUGGGACUGCUCGUGACGAAGAAUUACAGGCCAGAUUACUUGCAGACUCAGAUAGCUUUUUCAUUACAUGUCAAGGACUUCCUCUUCAUUACAAGCUCAGCUUGCCUGGUUCACCUCCACAUACAUUGUCAUCAGCAUCACGCGUUGAAUCAAAUUCUAGUUACUGCACUUCAUCAAUGGCUGGAGGGUUGGAAAAAUUGGAUAGACAUUGCCUAGAUAUGUCUCCGAAGAUAGAGCCGCAUCUACACAGGAGCUAUAGCAAUAAUCUCAAGGGAUCAUCUCUAUAUGCCCCUCUAUUAGAUAGUACUACAACAACCUCAGUUUUUUCUGAAGAUAUCCCUAUUUUUCAUCUAGAUGAUAUUUGUGAAGAGGAAACUAGUAAAUUGGAUUCAUUAUCUCUGGGGCAAAAUGUUGGUCAAUUAGGUGUUGUUUUAAUACAUGGGUUUGGUGGAGGAGUUUUCUCUUGGAGGCAUGUUAUGGGGUCUCUAGCUCGAGAGAUUAAUUGCACAGUUGCUGCAUUCGAUCGUCCUGGUUGGGGAUUAAGUUCAAGACCGCGUCGGGAGGACUGGGAAGAAAAGGAUUUGCCUAAUCCUUAUAAACUUGAAAGUCAGAUUGACCUGCUUUUAUCAUUCUGUACUGAGAUUGGAUUUUCGUCAGUGGUAUUAAUUGGUCACGAUGAUGGAGGAUUGCUUGCUCUUAUGGCUUCCCAACGAGUUCAAACAUCAAUGAAUUAUCGUAACGUAACUAUCAAAGGGGUUGUAUUACUAAAUGUUAGCUUGUCAAGGGAAGUGGUUCCCUCCUUUGCAAGAAUCCUCCUGCAUACCUCACUUGGGAAGAAGCACAUGGUUCGUCCUCUACUAAGGACGGAAAUCACUCAAGUGGUGAAUCGGCGUGCUUGGUAUGAUGCUACCAAAUUGACUACAGAAGUUUUGAAUCUCUAUAAGGCUCCACUAUCUGUUGAAGGAUGGGAUGAAGCUGUUCAUGAGAUUGGUAAAUUGUCAUCUGAAACCAUACUUUCAGCAAAAAAUGCAGAAUCAUUGCUACAAGCUGUAGAAGACAUUCCUGUGUUAGUUAUUGCAGGAGCUGAAGAUUCCCUUGUCUCCUUAAAAUCAUGUCAAGCUAUGGCCUCAAAACUUGAAAAUUCUAGACUAGUUGCAAUAUCUGGAUGUGGUCAUUUACCUCAUGAAGAAUGUCCAAAGGCUUUGCUUGCAGCUAUAUCACCCUUCAUUAAUAGACUCCUGUCAGCAUCUGACUCUCAGAGCCAAUAAGUUUAUUUCUUUUAAUGAUUUUACUUAGGAAUUCGCAAGGGGUUUUUCUCUUCUUUUUUUUAAACUUCGAGAGCAAGAGACUAAAUGGUCAUUUUUCUCUCGGAGUGUUUUUGACGUGUUAGUUUUAGGAAUUUUGAUCUGUGUAUUUUCUCCAUCUUUUUUGCUUUCCCUAGUUGUCAAUAUUAUGCAUGGGGAGACAGUUUGCAUUUGUAAAUUCAUCAUUAGAUUUAGAUGGGCUUGUUUUGUUUCUCGA